AUGGCUCCCUCGGCGUUUUCUGUCGCUUUAACCCAGGCACCACUGCGCCUCUAUCGGCCGUCUGGGCGAUCUGUUUUAUUUUUUGCUUUUGUUUGCCUACCGGUUUUCUUGCUCGGGCCGGUGGGUGAGCAUAAAGAAUGGUUGCUGCCGGCCGCUCAAAUGGCGGCUGCACGUCGGGAGAGGCCCCCCCGUAGUAUCUUGAGUCCGGCCUCCUCCGAGGAAGAAUUGCAAAGUCCCGAAUAUGCAGUGGGUGGAGAAGAAACUCAGAGACGGGGUUCGCAAAGGAAGCGUAAAGGGUCCUCUUCCAGCACAAAACGGCGAUCGGAUAUUAUGCAGUGGCCCGUUGAGUCAACCGAGCAGCCUCCGCAGCCACCGCAAGCACCUGAAGAAGAGCAGCCGCGCAAGUACCUACUCCAAGCCGAAGAAGAAACUUUCGCGAAGUCACAAGCUGUAGAGGUUGCAGGAGCCGCAGCAGCGCCUGCAGAGACAGGCGUUCUUCAAACUCUUCGAGCCAUCUUCACCCCCCAGGGAACUUCUAUUUCAGAACGCAUGAAACCCCUGGCAACGCAAAUAUGCGACUGGCGCGAGACUGGUGUCUCCGAAACUGACGUCCCGUUGACAGCAGAAGGCGAAGCCAAAGCAAAAAGAGUCGAUGUGAAGUUCUACCACUUAAUACAUCAAAUACAUCAGUGUGAAAUGGAGGCGUUGAAACGCCCACAGCCUUCCUUUUGUUUGGAUGCUUUCGUAUCCUCUCCUCUCACCUCCGCUCUACAAACAGCCAGUUACGCAACUGCCGCCUCGGGUAAGUGGUUUUUGUGCAAAGGUCCAAAAGAAUCGGUGACAAAGGAAACGAGGGUAACAUGGCAGGCUGACCCUAUGCUCAGGGAAGAAAUGAGAACGGCGGAGAAUGCAGGAACCGAAGUGGGUGCGCUGCAAACGAAACUUGUGGAUUUGAAUGCAAAGGGCAAUCUACCCAGCACCGCUGUGGACUUCACCUUGGUACCUCCACAAGAUGCGUGGUGGCUGCCCUAUGCGGCAGAUGACCUUCGAGCUAUACUUAAACAAGGCGGUGCUGCAGCUGUACGGACAAGCACCACCAGCAGCACCAGCACUGGUAGUGGCAGCAGCAGUGGCAGUAAUCCUUUUACUGUGGGCGACGCGGAUCCCUGGCCCGUCACCAUAGGGGGGAAGUCUCUCAGGGAUACAAGCCAGCGCAUACAGGAACCGUUACAAGGAAGACCUAUUCCCCCUCCACAGACGCCUUUGCCUAGGGAACCUGCAGAAGUGCUGAAGCUCCGCAAAGAUGUGCUUCUUUUCACGUUAUGCAAGGCUCAAAACUUCUUUUCCGGUGCUCUUGUCACGCAUCCACGUAUGAUGAAAGAGCUGCUUGGAGUCUCGAAAGUGAAGCCAGGCGAGAUAGGGGGAGCAGUACUGACGUGUGAAGGCGGCAAAGGGUAUUUGACUUUGCUGACGGGCCCAACCCCGAGCCCCAGGGCUUCUUAUGAAGGCGCCGAAAGAAAAUCCACUUCAUCUUCCGAAGGCUCUGAUACAGAGGCUUAA